CUCUGUCACUUACAACACUCCCACUGAAAGAUUUGUUUCAUCUCUUCUAGAAGAUGUUCCCACGCUCUUCGCUGGUUCCAGCCUUGUUGCUGUUUCUCACAGUGCAGAUCCUGAGCACUGGAGACUGCUGGACCGGUUCACAGAAGCGGCGUCAUAAAAGGGAAUGGGUCGUCCCUGCCAAAAGAUUUACAGAAAAUGUAGACUACAGUGAUUCACCCUAUUUCAGCAAGAUACGAUCUGACCUUGAUGAGAUCUCGUCACUGCGCUACACUGUAAGAGGCCCAGGAGUCAACCAGCCACCUGUUGGUAACUUCAUACUAGACGAGAAAAAAGGAUGGGUUCGCAUCACACGGACUCUGGAUCGCGAGGAGAGACAAAACUAUACCCUUAUUGCCACUGCAUGGUAUCCUAACAACACCAUAGCUGAAGAUAAUAUUAAAAUAAACAUUAUUGUGGAGGACCAGAAUGAUAACCCACCUGUUUUCAACAAGCCAGAACGAGUCAGCAUAUAUGAGGGGAGACCAGAUGGUACCUUUGUAACACAAGUUGUGGCUAAAGAUAAAGAUGAGCCAAACACUCUUCACACUAAGAUAGCGUACAGCUUGAUCAAGCAGGAGCCAAACAAUGGCACGCUUUUCUUUGCUGUUCAUAAAGACAAUGGAGCAAUCUCUGUAAACAACCCAACGAUUGAUAGAGAGGAACAUAAAUCUUUUAUUCUUACGGUGCAAGCUGCUGACAUGUAUGGAAGCCCUGAAGGAAAUUCUGCUACAACUACUGUAUUUAUAGACAUCCUGGAUGUCAAUGACAAUAUUCCUACUUUGGAGAAGGAUGAGUUUUCAGCAAGUAUUGAUGAGAAUGAGGCCCCUGUUGAGGUUUUGAGGAUCCAGGCUCUGGAUAAUGAUGAAGAAAGCACCGACAAUUGGUUGGCUGAGUUUGACAUAGUCUCGGGGAACGAGGAUGGACGUUUCUCUAUUCAAACUGAUCCGAAGACAAAUAUGGGUGUUUUGUACCUGAACAAGCCUGUUGACUUUGAGUCAGCAUCUGAUAUGAACCUGAAACUAGUUGUAGCAAACAAAGCUCAUCCAGGAGCACCUCUUGCUUCUGGAGCAGGUGGUGGAGAUGGAGCGGGAGCAGGUGGUGGAGAUGGAGCUGGAGCAGGUGGUGGAGCUGGAGCUUCUGGAGCAGGUGGUGGAGGUGGAGCUGGAGCAGGUGGUGGAGGUGGAGCUGGAGCAGGUGGUGGAGGUGGAGCUGGAGCAGGUGGUGGAGGUGGAGCUGGAGCAAGUGGUGGAGGUGGAGCUGGAGCUUCCGGAGCAGGUUUUGGAGGAAGUGUUCUCAAGCAAAAGACAUACUCAGUGAAGAUCGGUGUCAAAAACAAACCUGAAGGCCCAAAGUUCAAGCCAAGGACCAAGCCUAUAUCUGUAUCUGAAAACACCAAAAAUUAUUUUCCAAGAGUAAUUGACACCUACACUGCUAUAGAAGAAGACACAGGCAAAACAGCAGAAAAAGUCAAAUAUGCAAAGGCAUAUGACCCUGACAACUGGAUUUCUAUUGACACGGACACGGCUGAGAUAAAACUGAACAAGGUACCAGAUCGUGAGUCUCCAUUUGUGGUAAAUGGGACCUACUAUGCCAAGAUCCUCUGCAUUACAGAUGAACUGCACUCUCAGACAUCUACAGGGACUAUAGCUUUGCAGGUGGAGGACCUGAAUGAUAACUGCCCUAAACUCCUUAAUAAUGUGCAGACUGUCUGCAGUGAUACCAGUGUAGUCAAUGUCACAGCAGAAGAUCACGAUUCAGAUCCCAACGGAGCUCCACUAGAGUUCAGUUUGAUAGAAGAGAAGACAAGGGGCAAAUGGAACCUGCAGAGAAUAAACGAUGUAAGUGUUUCAAUGCUCCCUGAAGAUCACUUAUGGCCUGGUUUUUAUGAAGUCACCAUGGAAAUCAGAGACAAGCAAGGACUUGCCUGUCCUGAUGAGCAAGUCCUCCGUUUAGAGGUUUGCACUUGCUCUGAAGGAUUGUUUUGUUCUUCAAAAGUGGCUGCAUUACACACUACAUCAGCCAGCAUUGGAGCAACAGGAAUUGGUUUCCUGCUUCUAGGAUUCCUCUGCAUAAUCUUGGCGCUUGUGGCCGUUAUAAAAUGUGAUUGUGGGAAUGCUGGAAAACAUUUUACUGAUAUGCCAUUUGAUACCAAGCAACAUCUUAUGUCCUAUAGCACAGAGGGAAAAGGAAUAGAUGGGGAUGCUUCUCUGAUGAGAAUCCCACCAAAACUCUACAAUGAGGGGGGCAAUGCAAUUAAAUUACCCAAAGACACUUUACAAAUGGUUAAAGCUAAGUCUUAUUACCCACUGGAUGAAAUUCAGGGCCCCAGGUCGAACCAGACUGCACAUAACAGUGCUAAAAUGGUAGGAGAGAUGCAGGAGAGUGCAUUUGGAGGCUUUUACAGUGAUAUGGACAUGGAAAACUCUGUGAGGUGGCAAGAAGGACAAGUCUUGCAUGAUGCAUUCUUAAAAGAAUACUUUGCACAAAAAUCCACGUAUAUACUGGAGGAUGAUUCUCCGAUAAAAGGACUGAAGCUCUAUGAUUAUGAGGGUGAAGGAUCUGUUACCGGUUCCAUUGAGAACUGCAGCUUCAUCGAGUCUAAUGAUGAUCUGGAGUUCUUGAACAACCUGGGUUUAAAGUUCAGGACCUUGGCUGAGGUGUGUGGAUUCAGACAGACGGACCCAAAUGUUAUUGUUAAUACUGUUGAGACAACACCAAACGAAGCUGCAUCUUCCAGUAAAAUGACCAACAUCGUCCAACCCAGUCCUGAGGAGAUACCUGUUAAAUCACCACUUGUCCAACCAAGUCCCGACGAGAAACCUGUUAAACCACCACUUCUCAAACCUGCACCUACUCAGGAGAUUGUCAUACAGGAGCCUAUGUACUAUGGGUUCAACCAACCAAUGUCAAGAAAUGUUGUGCUAUCAGAGGAUGGGCUUGGGCAAGGUGUGUACAUAAUUAAUGGAACUCCAGAAGCUGAGAGAAUUCUGACUCAAGGUAAAGGCUAUACACUUGCACAUACUGGACAACAAGCUGUUCUAGCAAACAACAUCAUUGGUAAUUCCUUCUUGUACUCACAAAUUGGACCUCAAAGUCCAAUCAUGAUUACCGAAGGAUUAGUUGAUAUUAAUCAGUCUGUAAUCCAGAACUUUUCACCAACUCAAAACCUUGUAAUGAUGCCACAGCAACAACUAGAUGGAAUUGGUUCACUGCAGAUGGUAAGAGUUUCAGGAGGGAAUGCGCAGGGUAGAGUUACUCUUAUGGAUGGCUCAGUCAAUGGAGGUAAAGUAUUCAUUGAUCGCCCCAUGAGCCCUCAACAAUUUUACCCAGUAAAUUCUCAAGAAUUGGGUGGAUCAGUACAUAUGAACCAAAGAGUAGUUGACGGCUCCCUUUACAGUGCACAGAAUGAUGGACAAGGGACAGUAACAAUUGGACAAUGUCCUGUCAAUGGAGGUAAUGUAAUGAUAGGAGGCUCAGGAACUCAAAACCUAGUAAUAAUGCCUCAAAUUGCACCUGGUCAGGUAAACAACCAGCUAUUAGAAAGUGGUCCUUUCCCCAGUGCUUCAAACAUUAUAUCAAAAGAAGGUUCAGAGACUAGACUACUGGUUGGUGGUCAUUCUACUCUAGAGGGUCCUGUUAGUGAUGGCAAUUUAUUGGUUGCAAGCCCAGGUCAGUUUCCUGUGUCUAUGAGCACAAGAGCUCCAAAUUUAGUGAGACUGGCUCAAGUUACAAAUGGUCACUUGCCAAGUGUUCAGAACAUUGUAUCAGGGGAAGGUGGACAAAGUAGAUCAUCGGUUAGUGGUUCCACUAUUCUAGAGGGUCCAAGUCAGCUUCCACUUGCCAUGAGUCCAGGAAUAAUUAGUCCUUUUGAACUGCCUCAGGUAGCAAACAGACAGUUGUUCCGUUCUAAAGUGUCCAGAGUUCUGACAUCAAUGGCUAUGAUGCCAAAAUCCAAAGGACUUGCAUCAAAUGGGCAGCUGAAUGUUGAGCAGUGAUCUAGUUUUUGGUCUAGUGGCAUUCAUACU